GAAGGGAGGCCAUGUGCUUCCUGAGUCUCCCGCAAACUCCAGCGGAACUCUCGUGCCUCUCAGCUUGCCAGAUCAACCAUGUCCGGGGCAUCCUCCAAGAGCCUGGGAAAAGGAAGCUCGCCUCCCGGUCCGGUCCCGGAGGGCCUGAUCCGCAUCUACAGCAUGAGGUUCUGCCCCUUUGCUCAGAGGGUGCUGAUGGUCCUGAAGGCCAAGGGAAUCCGGCAUGAAAUCAUCAAUAUCAACCUGAAAAGCAAGCCCGAGUGGUUCUUCAAGAAGAAUCCGGCUGGGCUGGUGCCCGUUCUGGAGGACAGUAAGGGUCGCUUGAUCUCCGGGUCUGCCAUCAUUUGUGAGUACCUGGAUGAGGCGUACCCAGGGAAGAAGUUGUUCCCAGAUGACCCUUAUGAGAAAGCGUGCCAGAAGAUGAUCUUAGAGUCAUUCUCCAAGGUGCCACCUUUGGUUGCAAGGUUCAUUAGGAAGAAGGAAGACCGUCCUGACAUAAUAGAAGAACUGAGGAAGGAAUUCCGCAUGCUAGAGGAGGAUAUUACUAAUUAUAACUCAGACAUCUUUGUUGGGGAUGCUGUCUCUAUGACUGAUUACCUUAUGUGGCCUUGGUUUCAGCGGCUGGAAGUGCUGGAGCUCAAUGAGUGUGUAGCCCACACUCCAAAACUUAAGGGCUGGAUGGCUGCCAUGAAGAAAGACCCCAUAGUAUCAUCCCACUUAAUUGAUGCCAAGACCUAUAGUGAUUUCCUAAAACUCUACCUACAGGACAGCCCUGAGGCCUGUGACUGUGGGCUCUAAGGGCUGGAGUCCUCAGUGAAUGAUGUCUCCCUUUACUGAUAUGAGUAACAAGCUUUCACUUUACCCAGCAUUCCCACUGACUCAUUUCUCACAGACUUGACCUCAUGGCUCAUUGUGUCUCCUGCAGGCCUCUCUAGUAUGUUUUUCCAUUUCAGAACACUCAAUUCUAGUGGUCCUUACACUCUUCGAUGAAAACCCGAAGACCACCAUCUCUAGUUUGAUCCAGACUUCUUACCUACAUCUCCUGAUUUCAAGAAAAUGUCAAGUUUUUGAUUUCUUAUUUCUAAAUUAAAAACUGGGAAUUCCUCCUGCUUUC